UCAAACUUCCAUAUUAUUCUCUCUCUCUCUAUUUAUACAACUAUCAUCUCCAUUUUUCAUCCUCACCCUCAUGCACUUUUGCACUCUUAUUAUUCCUAAUACCAAUUGUCUUUCUCUUUAAGUCAAACCACUACCAUACCACAGUUUCUCAAUUCCGGGAUUUUUUAUUUUUUUUUAUCUCCUUGGAUGUGUUAUUUUCAGUUUAAAACAUGAUGCAAAAACUAAACUUGAGAAGGGUCAUUGCCAAGAAAAGGAAGCAAUUUCCUAGAAGGGUUAGGAGACCUGUGCUGAGUGUUUCAAACACACUUCAGCAGCUAUCUGAUUCAUGCAGAGAAGCUUUCAAAGGUCCCGGCACUGUUCCUUCCCCACAAGAUGUUCAGAGACUGCGCCACAUCCUUGAUAAUAUGAAGCCAGAAGAUGUGGGACUUAGUAGAGAUCUGCAGUUCUUCAAGCCUGGAAAUAUUACCAAAGAGAAUCAAAGGGUCACUUAUACAACCGUGUGCAAGUGUGACAAUUUCUCACUCUGCAUCUUUUUCAUACCUGAAGGAGGAGUUAUUCCUCUUCAUAACCAUCCAGGAAUGACUGUUUUAAGCAAGCUUCUAUUGGGACUAAUGCACAUUAAAUCCUACGAUUGGGUUGAUCCUGAGACCUCUAACAAUUUAUUGCAACAACCAUCUCAAUUGAGAUUGGCAAAGUUAAAAGCUGAUAAGGUGUUCACAGCAUCAUGUGAUGCUUCUGUGCUGUAUCCAACAACAGGAGGGAACAUCCAUGAAUUCACAGCCAUAACCCCAUGUGCUGUGCUUGAUGUCAUUGGUCCUCCUUAUUCCAAAGAAGAUGGUCGAGACUGUUCUUACUACAGAGAUCACCCUUAUGCUUCUUUUCCUAACGAAAGGACUGGUGAGGCAAAAGAGGAAAAUGAUAGUUACGCGUGGCUGGAAGAAAUUGAGAUGCCAGAGAAGUCUAAAAUGGAUGGCAUCGAGUACUUGGGUCCAACUCCAACACCCUUUUAGUUUUCAUCAUGUGUUCACCCUCUUAAGUCUUAACGCCACAAAAUCUCCCAUCACUUUGGCUCUGUGUCCAUAUUCAAGGAAUGAGUGCACGUGUUGCCUUUUGUUCCUUUAGGUGGAAAAUGCACCUAUAUAUAUAAUAUAUAUAUAUAUAAAUCGCUCAUUUUUGCUAUAUAACUUUAUGAGAGCCAUUGUUGUCAUGUAUAGAAAAACCAUGGGCCUUAGGUGGUUCACCUGUCAAUCAAGUAGGAGUUUUGGUUUAUUAUUUGGCAAAGGGUCUAUAAUGGUAACUUUAACGGAGCAAGUGGUGAAGGUUGACUCA